AUGGCCGAGUUACACGAGUUUGAAAAUUCAUUAAAAUUAACUAAAAUAUCAUUUUUCCUAUCAGCCAAUUCAUCUGUUGUUAUUGCUUUUUGUUUGCUACCUCUGUUAUUGAUGGCCAUAGAUUAUCAGAAAACAGGAGAAAUAGAACUGAAACUACCGUUUUUGGUCAAGUACUUCUUUGAUCCAUUUACAAUGACGAAAUGGCCGUUUGUAUAUUUGCAUCAUAUUUGGUCCACAUUUAUAGUCGUUAUAUACCUUUUUGGAGCUGAUACGUUUUUCCAUGCGUGUUGCAUCUACCUGAGAAUGCACUUCGAAUUAUUGUGCAGUCGCUUGGAGAAGGUUGUCACAAAUUCUAAGAAGGACACAGAGGAACGUCUUCGGGCGUGCAUCUUACGACAUCAGGAGCUUAUUGCAUUAGUUGAGCUGAUGGAGCAAUUAUAUUCGAAGUCUUUUCUAUUCAAUAUAAUGCUAAGUUCAGUAUUAAUAUGUUUAGGGGGAUUUAACAUCGUGUUCAGUAAACAGUUUGGCCCAGUGUUCGCGUAUGUGAAUUUCCUUGUAAUGUGCAUGUAUCAGAUAUUUAUGAUCUGCUACUUUGGGGACAUGGUGGUGAUAUCGAGUUCAAAAGUCGGUGAAGCGAUUUUCAACAGUAAAUGGUACGAUGCUGAAGUGAAAAUUCAGAAAAGUCUAUACAUAGUACUUUUAAGGUCCCAAAAACCAUGUACGCUGACGGCAGCCAAAUUUGCAACUCUUAAUCUGAGAGCUUUUACAACGAUUUUAAGCCGCUCCUGGUCAUAUUUCGCUCUUCUCAGAACUAUGUACAAUUAA